AUGUAUUACUUGAAACCCACCUUCAAUCUUAUUUUCUACUCCUUCGUCUUCGGCGGCACAACUUUCUACUCUUUCGUGGCGUCACCCUUGGCCUUCAAGCACUUAAACCGCGAAAGCUUCUCGGAGUUACAAAAGGUUGUCUUCCCUUAUUUCUUCCAAAUGCAAUCUGUGUCUCCGUUGAUCUUGGGUCUUACCGCACCUAUGGCCAUGCAAAUGGGCCCCCUGGUUUCGCUAGCUUCCGCUUCUGUUAGCGGGUGCUUGAACCUGUUUUGGUUGCUGCCUUGGACCCGUAGAGUCAAAGAGCAGAGACAACAACUUGCUCAAGAGUUGCAAGGCGAAGAAUUAGAGGUCCAAGAUGCUCCUUUAAGAAAAGAGUUCGGCAAAUCCCAUGGGAUGAGCUUGCUUUUCAACAUGACACAUGUUGCAGCAAUGUUAGCCUAUGGCUGCUUUUUGGUUAGAGGAUUGACCAGAUACGUACCAAAAUAA